CUGUUUAUUUUUCUCCCUUUGGUUUCAGAAAAGUUUGAACCUUUUUCUCUGGCCAUAAAGAUCGGGAGAAAUCCGAUUUAAAGGCCAUUCUCAAUCUCUUAAGCUUCGGUUUAUGAAAAGUAAUUGGACCCAGAAAUCAUAUUCCAUUUCUAAUUAAAAGUGACAUUCAUUGAAAGGAAGAAAAAAAUUGAAAAAUAUAUAGAGCAUCAAAUGGAGGAAGAAAAUGAGGCCUUAAGGUCUAGCCCCGAACGAAAAGCAAGCAGCAGCAGCAGCAGCGGCAGCGGCAGCGGCAGCGAAGAAUCCCAAGUGAUAUUGAAUGUAUAUGACCUCACACCUGCAAAUCAGUACUCUAUUUGGUUUGGUUUUGGCAUCUUCCAUUCGGGCAUUGAAGUUCAAGGUAAGGAAUAUGGGUUUGGUGCACAUGACUUCCCAAUCAGUGGACUGUUUGAAGUGGAGCCUAAGAGCUGUCCUGGUUUCAUAUAUAGAUGCUCUGUCCCUCUGGGUUAUCUUAACAUGCCUCCCUCAGAAUUUCGGACAUUUGUUGAGAGUUUAGCUUCUGAGUAUCAUGGGAACACCUAUCACCUCAUUUCCAAGAACUGCAAUCAUUUUACAGAUGAUAUUAGCAAGAGAUUGAUAGGGAAAGGGAUUCCUGGAUGGGUGAAUCGGCUGGCACGGCUAGGUGCUUUCUGUAGCUGUCUUCUUCCUGAAAGUCUUCAAGUAUCAACAGUUAAACAUCUUCCUGAAUAUUAUGCUGCUUAUUCAGAGGAAGAUGGAAGUGGUUCUUCAUCUAGUGCAACACCACACGAGCCAACAGAAAGUGAAGAUGGAGAUCACGAUAAGUUGCUACAACAACUAGGUGGUGAUGUGGCACUUAUAAAAGAGGUGCCAAGGUGAAAUUGGUUUUCUCAUUAAAAUGGAAGAAAACGUUGGUUUAUUGAAGGAUUGCUCCGAUCAUUGUUGCUUGAAGAAACUCUGCAGACCAUUGAGAGCUACAUUACUGCUAAAAUUCUUGAUUUCAUGCUUGUUUGAUUUGCUGUUUUCAUCUUUCUUUAAUUUCCUGUUAAUAUUUCUUUUAUCAUAACGAAGAAUUGUGCCAAAGUAGCAGAUACAUUAGCAGUGCUUUUUCAGAGGUUUUGGAAAAAAAUUAUGUGGAUUGUGUUUCUGUGAUUUGGUUCCUUUGGAUUGGAAAUCUGUUUCGUAGUAUACUAAACUCUCCAAGAGUUGUCUUUAUUGUAUGUGUUUCAUGUAUACUAAACUCUCUAAGAGUUGUCUUCAUUGUAUUUCAUGUAUACUUCAGAUUUUUUGUUGUA